AUGAGGCUGUCCUGGUGCGCCUUGGGGUUCCUGAGCCUGGCUGUAGCCGACGCACAGUUUCCGGGCCCCGAUCUUCCAUUCCCGCCGAUGCCAUCCGAGGCUGUGGUGGGGCCAACUCUUGCCGACUCGAAGAACAGCUGGCCAGCCAAGCGCAAGCCGUUGAAGAAGGAUGUCCCAAACAUCGUGGUAAUCAUGAACGAUGAUGUGGGAUUUGGAGCUCCUGACACUUUUGGUGGUCCGAUCCACACCCCUACCCUGUCCAAGCUGGCAUCGCGGGGUGUCUCUUACAACCGCUUCCACACCACGGCCAUUUGCUCGCCCACACGUGCCUCCCUGGUUACGGGCCGGAACUCCCACAACAUCGGCACGGGGCAGAUCACCGAGGCAGCAGCAGGCUUUCCCGGCUACACUGGGACAAUUCCGAAGUCAGCAGCGACGGUGGCGAAGGUAUUGUCUGGGUAUGGCUAUGAUACUGCAGCCUUCGGAAAAUGGCACAACACCCCAGUUACCAGCCUUUUCAAGACCGGGCCCUUCGACCAGUACCCUACAGGCCUUGGUUUCAGCUACUUCUACGGCUUCAUUGCCGCCGAGACGUCACAAUACGAGCCGCGACUGUUCGAGAACACCAACCCAAUCGAGCCUCCAUACUCCCCGGAGGAGGGCUACCACCUGACUGAGGACCUCGCAGACCAAGCGGUGAAGUUCAUCCGCAACAACCGCGCGCUGACCCCGGAUCGGCCUUUCUUCAUCUACUUCGCACCUGGCGGCACCCACGGGCCCCACCACGUGCACAGCGAGUGGGCCGAUAAGUACAAGGGCAAGUUUGACAUGGGCUGGGAGAAGCUUCGCAACAUCACCUUCGAGAAGCAGAAGGCCAUGGGCUGGAUCCCUCCGACCACCGAGCUGACUGAGAUAGACCCAACCAUGGAGAAGUGGGAGCACAUCCCAGAGGCAGAUCGUGCCUUCCAGCUGCGCCUCGUUGAGGUCUAUGCCGGAUAUCUGGAGCAUACGGACACACAGGACGGCAAGGUCAUUGAGGAGCUGGAGCGCCAAGGCUUGUUCAACAACACGCUGGUCAUCUACAUCCUCGGAGACAAUGGGGCCUCGGCCGAAGGCCUGCACGGCAGCAUUGAUGAGAUGCUUGUGGAGAACAUGAUUCCAAGCACUGCGCAGGAGCAGAUCGCUGUGUUGGAGCGCGACUUUGGUGGGCUGAGUGCCCUGGGCUCGAAGCAUGUGGACAACAUGUACCACAGCUCCUGGGCCUGGGCGUUGGACACGCCCUUCAAGAGCACAAAGCUCAUCGCCGCACACUUUGGUGGCACCCGAACACCCAUGGUCAUGUCCUGGCCGAAGGUGAUCAAGCAUGACCCCACUCCACGUUCCCAGUUCCACCACGUCUGCGACAUUGUGCCCACCAUCUAUGAGGCGGUGGGAAUCGAGCCCCCAGAGCAUGUGGAGGGUGUUGCACAGAUGCCCCUGGAUGGCGUGUCCAUGAUGUACACGUGGAACAAUGCAUCUGCCAUGGGGCGGAAGGAUACCCAGUACUUUGAGGUUAUGGGCAGCCGUGGCGUCUACAAGGAUGGCUGGUUCGCCAGCGUCUUUGGACCCCGCUUCCCAUGGGCGGAGCCCAAUGAGACGCGCAUGAAGCAGUGGAACCCUGACACCGAUGUCUGGGAACUCUAUGACCUCACCAAAGACUACUCCCAGGCCCGGGACCUGGCCAAGGAGAUGCCAGAGCAGGUUGAGAAGAUGAAACAGAUUUUCUUGGUGGAGGCUACCCAGAACAAAGUGUUGCCCAUCGGUGCCGGCCUGUGGACCGUCUACUACCAUCCCGAAGACGGCCCGAAGUCUCCGCUGACGGAGUGGAUUCUGUACGAAGGCAUGACCCGGAUUGCGGAGUCCAACGCUCCACUUUUCCUCAGCGGCCAUAGCUCCGUGGCCACUCUGGAUGUGGAGGUGCCCAAGAACGGCUCAGGAGUUCUGUACUGUGUGGGCGGCACAGCCGGCGGAUUCUCCGUGUACAUGGACCAGGGCUACCUCUACGCAGAGUACAUGUCCACCCUGCUGCACCGCUACGUGACAAAGUCUUCCGCGCCACUGGCAGAGGGGACUGCAAAGAUCGAGGUCAAGCUGCUGUAUGACAUGAGUAAGAUGAAGGGCCUCAUUCCGCCGGCACUUCUGACCAUGUCUGUGAACGGAACUUUGGUGGCCUCUCUGAACGUGGAAAUUUCGAUGCGCCUUUCCUUCUCUCUUUCCGAGACUUUUGAUGUGGGGAUGGACUUGGGAGGUCCCGUGUCUCUGCUUUACCAGGACCGCAUUCCCUUCAAGUUCAAUGGAAAGCUUAACCAGUUGCAUUUUAAGUACAUCAACAGCACGUCUGUUCCGUCACAAACAACAGUGAUCUGA